UUUCCUAAUGCAGGACUAGGGGGAGCAAUACCCGGUGAAGUCAUCUCAAGUAGAAUUCUCCAUAAUUUAAUUUGUUUGCUUGCUUGUUUAAUUUUUAGUUUUCUUAGUUUUAACCCAAAACCGCUUGCUAGAUAACAACCUAAGCGAUUGAAGUAGGGGAUUAUAGACCGACCCGGGUUGACAAUUAAAUGCUUGCCCUAUACUGCACCCUACUAGAGUUUAUACUUGGGCUCAAGUCAGGAUUUUAUAUUGUGGUAGUUGGAGUGAGUCAAAUUUUUGGCAUUGUUGCCGGGGAGAGGUUAUGGUCCAUUAUCGAGAAAAAGUUGUUUAUUGUUACUCUAGCAUUUUCUAUCUUGUCUUUUGUUUUGUUUUGUAUUUUCAUCUUUUUGUGAUGCAGAGUUGAGCUAUGGAUCCCGAUAGCUUCUCCUACACGUGGGGUUAUCCACCAACACCCGAGUGGUGUUACCCCAAUUCACCAUAGAGCUAUCAAGAAGGAGAGGACUACAGAUUCGGGGUCGACUACCAACAACCUUUCCAUGUUGAACAAUCAUAUGCCCCAGAUGUUUAAGAGUUUCAACCAUACUAUCAAGAUUACCCUUCACAACAUAAAGUGAAGAGCCAAUUGGAGCUAUUGGUAGAGAAGUUCGCAUCAGAUAAUGUGCAAUCAUACUCUGAACCGGCCUUCCCAACCAUCGAUCCACCUCACUCGGAUUUUCUCUAUGAAGCGAAGGAAAUACGCAAGAGAACGGAGGAGCUAAACUCGAUGGUUGAGGAAUCUUGUGCAUGGUUCACUCAAGAACAAUUAUUAACAGUUGGUGAAGAAAAGGAAGAUGAAGAGGCAAGCCUCGAGGAUGAAUUGGAACGGUCAGAAGUUGUCAUGGAUGGCCACCGUGAUGCUAAAGAACUGAAAUGUCCUCUUGAGGAGUCACUGCACUUCAUCUCAAGCAUUAUAGAGGAGGUUAUUAAUGAGGUGAUGAGGAAGAGCGAGGGAAGAUGAGAGAAGAAGUUUUGGAGGAGGUAGAAGCAAAUGAAGAGAAAUUUCUUGAGGAUCCACAAGAGGAUGUGAUAGCAUCAUAUUUGCACCCUCGUUUCUUGAUAGUUUUUUAUCGAGUUUGUGCUUUCUUGGCCUAUUUUAUGCUAGGUUGUGCUCUUUUGUCAUAUUUCAUGUCCUAGCACGUAAAGUGAAGCAUAAGCGCAAGUUUCAAGUCAAUCGGAGAUCAAUUUGCGAUUCGGAAGAAGAAACUCGGGCAUGACCUAAGGAAUAAUGGAUUAAUACCUCAAUUUAUGGAAAAAGAAUCAUGUAAGCUUGUCAUUAAAAUACAUAACGAGAUUAUGAGCGUUUGGUAUCAUACGACGACUGAUUCGGAGUCCGGAUGAGGGAGAAAUGAAGCAUCAAAGACAGUGGAACAAGAGUUGAGGGAGAAGCAUAGAUAGGAGAAACACGAUCGUGUUUUGUUCUCAUGUGCCCGUUUUUUUAGUGACGAGAAGAAACAAGGGGAGGGCUGAAACAUGGCCUAAGAAACACAGUCGUGUUUCUGCCUGCUGCUGGGGUAAAAGUUUGUUUUUUGCGAUUUUUUGAGGGAGAGAGCGGGGUUUUGGUUCCCAAAUACCAAAGGGACGAACCCUAGAGAGAGAGAGAUCGAUUUGGGAACAUUAUUGGAUCUAUUUUGUAGGAUUUCUUCGCGAUUGGAGCUCGGGAAUCAAGUUUAGAUGGAGAUUGAAGAUCUAGAUCAGAUUUUUGCAUUCUCUCUCUUCUCUAUGGAGUAAGUUCCCUUCACUUAAGUUUUGAGGAACCUAGUUCCACGUGUUAGGAUAUUUCUUGUAUGAACCUUUGGAUGUUAUACUAUUUGAUUAUAAUCGAUUAGGCAUGUUUUAUUGAGUCAAUUGAAUCUUGAUCAAAUUCUCUUUAUUUCUGCUUUAACCUUUGAUAGAUAGAAUCAAAAUAGGUUAAGAGAGCUUCCUUGAUUGAUAGUAGCGAAUUGAUUUUACGAGAGUAAGUUAAUUCACUGCUUUGUACUAGAAUUUGUUCCACGUAGUGGAGAUCUGUGUGAAUUGCCUUAGCAUUCUAUCUCGCUGAAGGCUAGUCGCCUGUCGGAUAAUUUUUCUAAGAGGGCUUGGUUAGCUUAAGAGAUUCCAAGUUCUUUUCGGAUCUUCAGUAGUUUCAUCUAUAGUAAAAUGAUCAAAGGAAAUUACAAUUUGGACCUAAUUGAGGAGUUAGAGGGAAUCAUACAUGAGUUAGUUCACAACCUAUAAUUAGAUUAACUUUAAUUGUAGUUUGCUAUAGUAGUUAUAGUUCUUCUAUCUUAAUCUGGUUUGCUAGAUAAUGAACUGAAGCUGAGUAAUAGUAACUCUAGAGACCCGUGGAUUCUAUAUUUCUGACUUGUGCCAUUAUACUGCAUUCCCUUUUAUUGUUUAUACUUGGCCAUUGUUAGGAUUUGUGUUUUAGCGAGUCAUGUUUUUUAUGCUGUUGCCAGAGAAUUUCUAGAUUAUUAGGAAAGGCGGAAGUUUCAUACUUUAGCGUUUUUCUUUUUAUUUUCACCCUUGCUUUUCACUUGGGUGUUUUGUUUUUUGUUUUUUUGUGAAGAUCUGAAACAUGGAUCCUCAUAGAUUCUCUAACCAUUGGGGUUAUCAACCACCAUCCGAGUGGUAUUACCCCGAGACUUCCUGGCGCAAUCAAGGAGGAGAAGACUAUGGAUUCGGGUUUCAGCACCAACCCCCUACGCGGAGAACAAACUGACCCUUGGGCACCUUAAGAACAAUCUCCUUAUCAAGAAGAAUUCCUCCCAUAACCAGAGGGGCCAUCUGAGUUGGAGUUAGCCAUGACGGCCCUCACGGCCCUAAAGUCAAAAACCGUGAAGGUUGCGGCCCAAAGCGGACAAUAUCUUCAUUAAGAAAAGGUUCGGAUGUUA